UUUCUAGUACCAAAGACAUUAAAAUGUCAGAUGAUGAAAAUGGAGCUUCGUUUAUUAACAUCGCUCCUGGUAGAAAGAUGAAAGUCAAAACAGUGGAGAAGCCUGCAAAGACGAAUCCCUACGUAGAGCCACCUUUCUUUAACAAUAAUUUUAUGAAUUCUCAAAGCCCAAGACCUGAGAGAGAUACAGUUUCUCCAAUGAGGGAGCAGCCAAGACAAGCUCCUUCAAGAGAUCAAAAUCCUGGGUUCAUCGGAUCGGCAAACCCUCCUGCUAGAAAUGAAAACAGUUACAGAAAGGGAACACCUGAAAGACAGUCGUUACUAAAAGAGCAGCCUGACGAUAGCUAUAUAAAGGCAAGCCCUCAGCAAUAUCAGGCCAAUCUUGACGAAGAAGAAGAGCCUGAAGCUUAUGCUAUCUUCGAAGAUGACAUGCAUAAAAUCAAGAAGUUCAAAGAUGACUACGGAGAUGCUUUCGAGAAGGACAAAGAAGCUGAUAGGAAGUUAACAGUCCAGCAGGUCAAAAUUAACCAGCUGGUAGAGCAUUCCAACCAACUUGUAGACAAGAAGGACGAAUUCAGAACUGCUCUCAUGGAGGUCAUGAAAGAAAAUGCCAAAUUAGAACAAAGAAAUGAUGAAAUAGAAGAAGACAUCAAGGAGCUAGAAGAAGCUAUAGAGAAAGGAAUCAAGCUGGUCAAUUAUGAAGAAGAGGAGGACGAAAAGAAUUUGAAUUUAUUUAUGGUCGGAGACCCAGCUAAGCUCCAUGAAAUGAAGAUUGAGAGGGAAAGAAGAAAGUUAAAAAGAGCUCUUAUCAAUGCUUUGGACUAUAUGGAAGGCAAAGAAGCAAGACUGACUGGUAUCAAAGAACAUAAAACCGCAUGACAAAGAUGUAUGGGAAGGGUUCGCAGAAUCUACAGGUUUUUAAUUCCACUCAAAAAUGACUUGAAUCGUAUUAGACUGGCAUAUGAUAAGUCAAUUGAAUCCUUCUUUAACAUGUUCAGGUUCUUGGUGAACUUCAAUAUCCUCACAGCCUUGGGAUUUGGAUACAUCUUGACGAUGCAUAUAUUCGAUUACAAUGGCGGUUUUACAGACCUAUGUGCUACUUUUUAUCCAUGUUUCACUUUAUACUCUAGAUUUUCAACAAACUCUGCUCUCAGGUAUUCAUUUGCUCUGUUCCUCUUCUGCGUCAUCGGAGCUAUUCUGUUUAUCUACAAAUGGGUAAAAGUAGAUUAUAAGUCUAAAAGACAGAGAUUCUUCAAUAAGGAAGAGAACUUCUUUUCUAGAGAGUUCUUCAAUAGCUGGGACUGGCGUACCAACAGAUCUGGUGACUCGAAGCAUAACAAGGAUGGAAUUGCCACUAUCCUCAAAGUGAUGCUCUAUGAAGACAAAAAGAAAGAAAUUGUCAAGCAAAGAACUAGUGGUGAUAAGAUGAGGAUAUAUAUCAUCAGAGGUUUUCUAAUGACGCUGAGUAUCAUAAUUCUUCUAAUUGGUUGGCUGGUUAUCCUGAUUGGAAGUAUUUAUGAAUCAGAGAUCAAUGAUGCUGCUAAAGAUAUCCCUAUAGUGAAGGAAAUUUCAACAUAUUCUGCUGCUAUUAUUUUGACAAUUGUUAACUACAUUGUUCCAAAAUGCCUUGGAUGGAUAACUGAGUGAGAGAAGUGGGAUUUUGCUAUUGAUCAGCUCAAACAUGAAAUCUGGAGAAAUUAUUUGGCACAAAUGCUUAACUUUGCUAUUUUUGUCUUUGUGCAGCUUGAAAUGGCUAUCGAUGAUCCCUUCAUUCGAAAUGAAACUCUUAUUAGCUUCACAGAGGCUAAUUCAAACGGAACUGAUUACGAAUGAAGGGAAGAUCUGGCAGGAAUUAACAUUCUACAAUUAUUCGUUGUCGAAUUAAUCCAGAGAUAUCUUUAUUAUUUCGGUUGGAUUAUUUAUUACAGAAUCAAAGCCAAGUGUCAAGGCUUAAACAACUGGAGAAAGGAGUUUGAAACAACUGAUGAAGUAGUGUGGUUGAUAUAUUUCCAAUCGAUCAUUUGGGUAUCCUUCAUCUUUUAUCCCUACCUAGCUAUUUUAGCUCCAAUAGUAUUAUAUAUCCAUUUCAAAUUCAUAUUUUACCGAUUAAGAAAUUGGAAAAUCUCGCCACAGAUGGUGACAAAUCAAGUGACAACAGGAAACUACAUCAUGCUAUUUCUAAAUGGCACUUUCAUCUGUUGUAGCUUUUUGUAUGCCUUAUUCUUACUAAUGAAGGUUCCUCACAGCAGUUGGGUGAGCGACACCUCAACUCUUUGUGGUCCAUUCACGAAUAAAUCAAAGGCUAGUCAGCCUGUUGUAGACGAAAUUACUAGUAACUCCUCAGUGAAAUCAAUUCUCGAAUCGACUGUGGCUCACCCAAUAAUGUUAGUGAUUGCUAUAAUCUAUGCUAUCUUCUUCGGUUACGACCACGAUCGCAAGAGUUCUCUGUACAAGAAGUACAUCAAGGAUAAGGAAAGAGAGAAUUCACAACAUAUGGACAAUUUGAAGAUCGAGAGAAGUGCUCUGAACAAGAAAUUAGCUUUCUUGAGAAGACAAGAGAAUUUACACUAAGUUUUAAAGUUUCAAAGGGUGAA